AUGAUAGAUGAUAAUUCAAAGUUAAAUAAAUAUAAAGAGAAGCGUGGUAUUGGAGGUUCUGCAUUGAAGAGAAUUCAAAGUGGUAAUGAUUCUGAUAGAUAUGAGAAAGAUGAAGAUGUAGGAAGAUUAUUCAAUUCCCAUCUGUCAGUAUUUAACGCUUUAACCAAUCCUGAUUUGGAAUUAUCCCCAGAUUUAAGAAACCAUGACUUAAGCAAAAUGCCAACCAACAACUCAGAAAAGUAUUACAUUGAUGAGAGUUGGCAGAAUUUAAAUGAUUCAUUCUUCAGAAAUUUAAGUCAAUCACCAUUAAUUCCUCAGAUUAUAAGACCCUCAUCAUUAUUAUCCAUUACAACUGAUGAAGAUAGAAGAGAUGAUAAUGAAGAAACUAAAGUUAAAGAUGAUACGGUUUUACUUGAUUCUAUGGUAUUUGAAACAGAUGAAGAAGAAGAUUUCAAAGAUACUUUCAUUAUGCCUAAAAUGUCAAUGUCUAGCUCAAAUUUAAGUAUUUGUACAAUUGCCAAUUUCCCCAAGAGUGAAAUUAGUGAUUUGUUGGAAUCAUCUAAAGAUCACGACAUUUUCCACGUCAAUAUCAAGAACUUCAAUCAAAAAAAUAUCAAGAAGAUUAAGUCAAGUAAUUUGAUUUUUGUCAUAAAUGACGGAUCAAAUAAAUUGGUAGAUUUUCUGAAGAAAAUUUUUGAAGGUGAAGAUUUGACUUUUUCAGAUUCAAAAAUCACCAUUGUCAAUAUGAUUACGGUCAAUUAUUUUAGUAAUUUAUUCGAUUUAAUCAAUAAUUUUAAACCUUUCCAAAUUUGGAAAACUUCCUCAGUUAACAGUAGUAAAUUGAUUAAGGAGUUUAAUGAAUUCAUUAAUUCAGAAAUUUCUCAUAAAUCACUACCAGGGGAAAUCAAUGAAAGUUCGGUGUAUUCAAGUUUAAUCACCACUACAAAUUCUGGUAAAAAUUAUAAGUUUUUGGAGAAAAAAUUCAAGAAUGAUCUUUUCGUAAAUUCUAAUAAUGUUGAUCCAUUACAAUUGAAGAAAUUUCAAAUAUUUAAUAAUAUCUUGAAUAAAUCUCUCAAUGAUGAUGAACCAAAUGAAUCAUUUAACAAGCUUUAUAUGUUAGCAAGUUUCACCAUUGGGAUUUCUUUGGGUUUCACAUUGGCUAAUAUUUUAUCAAAAUAUUUCACUUUUUAUUUGUCACAAGAUUUAAUCACACCAUUGGAAGAGCCACUCAGUGUAGCUCAUAAACAAGUUGAUUUGAAAUCGGUUGUUGAUAACGUCAAAUUGAAUGUAAUCAAUCUUUUCAAUUCCAAUAUUAUUGAUGAAUUUUCAAGAUGUUUCUUCAGUUUAUUGGAUAAUUUAAAAUUCACAGGUGGAUUUUUAAUUAAUUAUGCAUCUUCUGGUCUUGAUAAGUUAAUGACUAUAGUAUGA